CCACCUCCCAGCAGGCCAGCACCACGGUAACUACUAACCAAUAUUUUCACUCAAGAGAAACACGAUAAAUCCCACGUGUACUCAGCAAGAUCAUCACUUCAUUUUGGACUAAACUAGAAAGUGAUCGAACAGCAUGUUCAAGCUUUUGGUUAGUAGAGCAGCUAGGGUUUCAACUCCACACAACCACAAUGCCUUUGCUUCUUUCGCUUUCUCUAGGUAUGCUCAUUCAUUACCAUUUGCAACUGUAGAAGCAGAAGAGAUAUCAGGCUCUAGGGCUGCUGAAGUUUUGAACCUGGUGCAAGGUAAAUGGGUAGGAUCUUCAAAUUGGAAUACAGUUGUAGAUCCUUUAAAUGGAGACUCAUUUAUUAAAGUUGCUGAAGUUGAUGAAACAGGCAUUCAGCCCUUUGUAGAAAGCUUGUCCAGCUGUCCCAAACAUGGUGCACACAAUCCUUUUAAGGCACCAGAGAGAUAUCUCAUGUUUGGAGAGAUAUCUGCUAAGGCAGCUCACAUGUUAUCACUUCCUAAGGUUUUGGAUUUCUUUACAAGGUUAAUACAAAGAGUUUCUCCAAAGAGUUACCAGCAGGCUUUUGGUGAAGUCUAUGUGACACAAAAGUUUCUAGAGAAUUUUUGUGGAGACCAGGUUCGUUUCCUGGCAAGGUCUUUUGCUGUACCUGGAAAUCAUCUUGGACAACAAAGUCAUGGUUUUCGUUGGCCAUAUGGUCCGGUGGCAAUUAUUACUCCUUUUAAUUUUCCCUUAGAGAUUCCUGUCCUUCAAUUGAUGGGUGCACUUUAUAUGGGCAACAAGCCAGUCCUUAAAGUUGAUAGCAAGGUGAGCAUUGUUAUGGAACAAAUGUUGCGCCUGCUUCAUACCUGUGGCUUACCUCUAGAAGAUGUAGACUUCAUAAAUUCUGAUGGGAAGACAAUGAACAAGCUGUUGCUGGAGGGAAAUCCACGAAUGACUCUUUUUACUGGUAGUUCAAGAGUGGCAGAGAAGUUGGCUGUUGAUUUGAAGGGCCGUGUUAAAUUGGAAGAUGCUGGAUUUGACUGGAAAAUACUGGGCCCUGAUGUGCAUCAGGAAGAUUACGUAGCAUGGGUCUGUGAUCAGGAUGCAUACGCAUGCAGUGGUCAGAAAUGCUCAGCACAAUCAUUGUUAUUUAUGCAUGAGAACUGGUCUAAAACUUCCUUGCUAUCUAAGUUGAAAGAUCUUGCUGAGAGAAGAAAGUUGGCAGACUUGACAAUCGGCCCAGUUCUCACAGUUACGACUGAUUCAAUGCUUGAGCAUGUGAAUAAGUUGCUUGAGAUACCAGGAUCAAAGUUGCUAUUCGGGGGUAGUCCUCUAGAGAACCAUUCAAUUCCACCUAUUUAUGGUGCUAUUAAACCAACAGCUGUCUAUGUUCCUCUCGAAGAAAUUAUGAAGGAUAAGAAUUUUGAGCUUGUAACAAAAGAAAUAUUUGGACCAUUUCAGGUUAUCACGGACUAUCAAAACAGUCAGCUAGCAGUUGUAUUGGAUGCUUUGGAAAGAAUGCAUAACCAUUUAACAGCUGCUGUAGUUUCAAAUGAUCCUUUGUUUUUACAGGAAGUCAUUGGCAAAUCAGUAAAUGGUACUACUUAUGCUGGUUUAAGAGCAAGGACGACCGGAGCUCCACAGAAUCACUGGUUUGGACCCGCUGGUGAUGCUAGAGGUGCAGGAAUUGGAACACCAGAGGCUAUAAAACUUGUAUGGUCUUGCCACAGAGAAAUAAUCUAUGAUUUUGGGCCUGUGCCAAAGAAUUGGGAAGUUCCUCCUUCUACUUGAGAAAAGUCCUAUUUAUGAUAGGAACAACGAAAUUAGGAGGGUGUGUCCUAUUUAUGAUAGAAGCGAUGAGUAAGAAUGUAAGAGGAAGCAUAUUUGCAUGUAGGAUAUGCCACAGCCCCUCCAUGACAUUUUUAGAUUUUAGAAUAAAUUUAUGAAAAAAAAAUAUUUUAUUAGGCUUUUUUUUUAUUGCUGAAAUAUAAUUGGUGAGAUCAUCAUCGGUUGAGGUGCUGACAUGAUAAAAGGAAUCAAAUUGUAUUGAUGCCGAACAGUGUAGAAUAAAUAAUUCAUAUCUAAUGCUGUAAAAAAAAAAAUCUUAUCUAAAUAAUUUAAAGAAUUGGCUUA